UUGUUUUGUGUUGAAGAAUGAAAAGAAUCAAUAUCAAAUGCUGAAAAGAAAGCUUCCAACGUGAUUCAUAGUUUAUAUCAAAGGAUAAACCACUUGCAGAAUGCAGUGCAAGAAAGUAUUGAACAGAGGAGAAAGCUAGAAGAACAUAUACAAAAUUUAGAGAGUGAAAAUGUUAUGCUGAAGAAAAAAUUGCAAGAACAGCAUAAACGUGCUCAGUUUCUUUCAGAGGAGUCUGACAAGAGUCGUGAGACUGCACAAAUUGCCAAAAGAGACAUUGAAGAAGUAAGACAAAAACUAAAAGAAGAACAUGAACAUGCCCGAAGACUUACAGAGAAUUUUCGUAGAGAUGUUUUAGCUGCUGAAUCUAGAGCUGCUUUUGCUGAGGAAACUCUCAGUGAUCUUCAGAGGAAAAUCAUACUGUCAAAUUGUGAUAAGGUCUGUUCUAUAUGCUUGACCAAUGAAAAGGACUUAGCCUUUGGAUGUGGACACAUGACUUGUAGAGACUGUGGAUCAAAAUUAUCAAAAUGUCCUAUAUGUCGUGAACAGAUUAGAAACUAUAUCAAGCUAUUUCCUGGGUGAUUUAUUAUUCAUUUGAAUUACGUUAUUUUGAGG